AUGUCAACCUGCCUUUCACUUGAGUCAUUUGAUUAUUCAAGUGCUCGUGCCAGCAUUUUUCAACUAUCGAACUUACUAGGCACUGAAUUCGAUGCCUAUAUAGGACUCAUAGCAAGUCAGAAGCUCCACAUAGAACUUCAUGUUCUGUCAUUCUUGCUCAAAGAUCGGGUCUAUCCUAAUGAUCUUUGGGACUUGGUUGGUGAGCGCAGUGUAGAGGCCAAGCAGGAGGAGAGGUUGCAAAGGCAUCAAUCCAUCUGUACCAGUGGGGAUAGCGCGCGACACGCGACUGUAGAGCGAUUUCUCAUGGAAGAGAGGAAGAAACGAACAUUGGAUGUCGCGUGUGGGAUUUCGAACCAAGCAUACCAUCAGGCCUCCUUCAGUAAACUCAAGGCAAAUGGUACCAACAGACCAUGCACCUUUGCCCUGUGUACCUUUGGCCUACUCAAUAGCAACGCGAGAGAAGUGCAAGGCUUGGUUGAGGACGAACACUACUCGUCUCAUCCCAGCUACAGAUACUACAAUUCGAUCCGUUUCGCAGGAGGGAAGUGCAUUAAACCCUCAUUGACCCUGUCGAGUACGUGGGUCACCACUGACGUCCAGGAGGCUUUUCACCGCGCAUUCCAGGAAGAGCUGGCCUUGCAGGCAGAGCUGAUGAUGGCGUCCCUCGCCACCAGGCGUAGCAAUGCCUAUCUGCGCAACCUUGGGCUGGAUUUGCUAAUCCUGCAGGCCAAGAUGCGCCGCGCCCAAGCUGAGAUAGAGCUCUAUAGCCUGGCCAUUGAAAAUAUUCAUGAAUUCGAUCUCUCUGACACCAGCUCAACAACGUCCUUCCACCCAACUGUUUCAAGACGUCUACGUGAGGCAACGCCCCUCUACGAUGAGGACGUUGACGACAGCACGGGGGGGGGAUACGAAGAUUAUGAAGACUACGAAGACUACGAAGACUAUGGAGACUACGAAGAUUAA